CAUUGCCGUCCUCAAUCAUUCCAUGAUCCUUCCAUACUAUUUGGCUUAUUGUCCUACCUAUACCCGUCCUGCGUCUUCGAACUGUGUACUCGCAUGCAAGGAGACGUCUCUUGUACAGCCGAUCGCGUUUCAACGUGCUCUGAAGCUCGCUCCAACUUGCGGCGUGACAAGCACAGGCGUUACGGAUACAAGCAUGCAUGACAUGACAGCUGCAUGAGAUCCGUGACGGCGUCCUUCAAACUAGACGCCUGGAAACGCUUUCUUCUGGACGUCAUCCCACCAGAUGAAUGCCUGGGUAUAUCAUGGCCGUCUGCUAGGAGCACCUGGAAUGCCUACGCAUUCGCGCUCCAUAUCCCUUGGCCCACAGCUCAGUUCAUCGCCGCGCGAUAAAGUCUCGAAAGCCAAAUCCACCUCGAACCUCCGUACAAUGGCCACCGUCGAAGCAUCGUCCCCGGCACAUCCUCAGAGUGCUUCUCCCGAGACGUCUUUUCGGACAAUCGCAGAUCCACGAAACGCCAGCACAACCGACCUGCCCGGUUCCAGUUCUACCUCCCCGAAGCACCCAGAUCUGAACAGCGAGGUGACUGCAUUGAGCGACAAACUCAUAAGUGCAAUCAACCACCAGACUGCCCUCGAUGAUACUCUUGCGCAGACAAGGCAAGAACUGGAAGAGUCCAAGGCAAGGAUCGCAAAGCUGGAAGCUGAGGCAAAAGCGCAUGAAGAGAAACUGGCGCGUGGCGAUUUGGUCACGAAAGAGACGGCGGAUCAGCAGAGUAACAGAUUGUCUGCUGAGUUAGCGGAGGAGAGGAAACAAAAGGCACUCGUGCAGCAAGAGAAGCGCGGCAUUGAGUCAGAAUUGGAAACUCUUACCGCGUCACUGUUCGAUGAAGCAAACAAGAUGGUAGCUUCGGCGAACCGAGACCGUGAGGCAAUCGAGAAGAAGAACCAACAGCUCCGCGAUCAGAUCAAGGACGGAGAAGCUGUCAUUGCAUCACAGACCGAGCAAUUGACUGAACUCAAGACGCUCAUGCAGCAAAUUGGCCCUAGUUACGAUUAUCGGAAAGAGCUCGAAUCGCCUCGAGUCUCACUUGCACCUUCGAGCCCUGGCGCCGCAAGAGAGGAGGGCAACAUAGCCCGUCUUCUUGAAGCGAUGAAUCUUUCACCACUCAGUCCGGAAGGCGAGAUAUUACCCAGUCCGUCUACGAUGCUCACGCAUUUGAUCAAACCUUUGUGCCGCACAGAUAUCCCAGCUUACGAGGAUUUCAAGAACCUUGUACAGACAUCUCAUUUUCGAUCUCACAAUCCUUCUCACGCUCCGUCUCGAGCAGGCUCUGGGUCUUACGGUGGUUUGAACGUGAUGGGCCUUGGCUCCCUUACAAAUAACUCAAAUCCGAAUCUCACUCAGAUUUCUCAGCCUGCUACGUCGAAAUUGGCGAACUCGCCUUCCAUCCCAGGCUCGUUCAGCCCAAAUCCUGACACGAAGGGACCGGUGCCCCUGAAGGACACCCGUUUCUACAAGCGCAUACUUGUUGAAGAUAUUGAACCGACACUCCGUCUCGAUUUGUCUCCGACGCUUUCAUGGCUAAACCGGCGCAGCAUCCUUUCCGCCCUGGGAGACUCCACGCUGAUUGUGGAACCUAUACCGGACUCCUCUCUCAGGCUAUAUGGAAAAUACACGCCGUGCGCGCUGUGCGGGGAGAAUAGGAAAGAGGGCGAGAAUCCUCGAACGCACGCUAUGAGGGUACGUGAAGGCGAAGGAGCUACGAAGUGGUCAAUAUGCACACUGUGUCUGGAAAAAGUGCGUGGGGUGGGUGAUCUGGUCGCCUACAUUCGCAUGGUGCGCGAGGGCGUGGUCAAGGUUGGAGAUAAGAAAGAUGAAGAAGACGCGUGGGAGGAAUUAGUCAGACUCAGGGAACGGUUGUUCUGGGCAAGAAUGGCUGGCGGCGUCGUCCCUGCGUUUCUCCCAUCGCCGAAGCAGACGCCAGAUGAUGAGCGGAAGAUGGCAGAUGCGAUCGGCGAGCACACUGAAAGAGCAAGUGAGGAAAGUGCUGAAAGGGCAGACGCCAGCACCCCGCCACAACAAAUUAUCAGCGCAGCCGAGAAAGAGACCCUUCAACUGUCCUCGCCAGAAGAUGCAGAAAACAUAGCGCCUCAUUCUGAUUCUGAUUCCGAGAAGGCGGCUCAACAACUGCAAGAAGGUCUCCAUGGCAGCCUGACAACGUUCGACAAUCUCAAAGAGAAGAGGAUAAACCUGAGCCACGAGAGUUCAAGCACGCCCCCUUCGACUCCAUCGCCUGCCCGAGGACAUCUUAAGCGGGAAUCCUCGAGCGGCAGUGGGAUCAACUUUCCCAGGAUUAAUAUUCCAAGACUGCCGCAGGGGUUUUGGGAUUCACAGGUUAAUACUCUACGUUAGGCCAUGUAUGGUUAUCGUGGAGGAUGAAUGAUGUGAAAAGAUACAACAGCGCGCAAGAAGGAACCAAGCAAUUGUACAAUAUAUCCCUUUCGUCGAGAAAUCAGGUUGGCUGGACUGAUCAUCAGGAGACGAAAAUCAGGGGCUGGUCAGGAGGAUAUUUCGUUGCAAUCAAUUCCUACACUCGCUGGUAAGUCUAUGGUUAUAGACUAUUCAGUGGGAGGAAGUCACCACUUCGGUGUGACCUGUAUAUUAGCACCUGCUUCAUGGAAGUGGAACAUGGUCAUGGAACGCAGCGGACGGCCAGAGUCGAGGAGCGAGGGUUUGAUAUUGGAUUGUACUUGUAUACAUUGGUCAGCAUUUACAGCGGAGAACCCAAAUAUUAAUGUAUAUCAAGUUUCGGCAUCGUUACUUUGCCUACUG